UUUACAUGAAAUAAAUUCUCAUUUUAGUAUUCACUCUAUAUCAUGUUCUUUGUUAAGAUAAAAUGCUUGCAGUGUAGGCAAUUUGGAGACAUGGGGCAAGAAAUCCUUAUUUUUGCAAUUAUGAAUGUGAUCUAAACGUAGCAAAAGGAGAUAGUGCUUUAUUAACACCUACAGGAAUGAGACAAUAAUAUGUAUUGGGAAAAUGGUUAAGAAAAAGAUAUAUUUAAGUUACCCCACUUUUGUCAUCAACGUUUAAUGAAAAUGAAAUAUACAUAGAAAGUUCAGAUGUCAAUAGGUAAUUAUAGACUCCUCAAACUCUAGGACUCUGUAAAGUGCUUAUUGCAACCUUUAAGGUAUGUAUCCAGAAGGACCUAAUGUACCUCAUUUUGUGGAUGAAAAUGCUUCAUUACUUUUACCUCCUAAUAAGGGAGCUGUUACUCCUCCGGGAAUAGGAAAUAAUGCCUUGCCAAACAAAAUCUAAUUAAUACCCAUACAUACGAAACAAAAAGAAACUGAUUAUGCUCUUGCAAUUUCAUGCCCAAAAGGUUCGGAAAUGGUUGCUCAAAACCUAAAAACAGACCUAUACAAAGAGGUUAAUGAUUACAGUUCAAAAUUAUACAAAGAGUUUAAUGAAUAACUAAAUUUCACUGGAGAUCAGCAAGUGAAUGAUUUCAUCACACUCUCUGAUUAUAGAGACACAUUUAUUUGUAAUAGAUACAAUGGAGAUAAAAUGCCUGAGAAUUUGAAAGCAGAAACGUUAUAACAAAUUGAUGAUAUCGCCAAUUUGGCAUUUAGUCUUGAAAGGUUCUAAACACAAGAGUAUCUAUGUCAUUAUAUUUUUUAUAUUAGAUAAGUAAAUCUUUAUUCCACUCCUUACUUUAAAUAAGUUUUUGAUCGUUUUGAUAGUAUUUUGAAUGGUACUUCUAAUUUUAAGUAUUACGGAUCCUCUUCUCAUGAUUCUACAAUUUUGGCUGCAUUAUCUGCUCUUAAUUUGACAAGUGUUUAAUGUUAGGCGGAUAUUUAUCUAAAAAAAAAUGUAACUCACCCACAUUGCAUUACAUAAGUAUAAAUUAUUUAUGGAUUCAUUAGUAUGUUGAUUUUGCAUUUAAUUUGAUAUUUGAACUAUACAAUAAUUCAAUUACUGGACCCUAUGUUAAAGUAUUAUAUAAUGGCGAAUACAUGCCUCUGUGUUCUAUUGAAGGUAAUACAUGUUUAUAUUCAAAUUUACGGGCUAAAUUAAUGGCAACAUAAGUUGAUUAUAAAAAGGAAUGUGGAAUAGCUUAAGAUAACGAAAUACUUGUAAAAUUAUGAUUUAUUUUUAUUAUUUAGAUUGAAGAGGAAACCCCUCGUUGGGCUGUAGUAUUUUUCAUCGUAGUUUUGUUGCUAUUAAUUGCUGGAGUUGGCAUAGUCAUACUUAUUAAAAGGAAGAUAGCAAAUAUAAAAUGA